GUUUGACUGCUGCGUGGUUCAGCUCGAGCCGCACCGCGGAUAGUUCUCGAUUGUUGCGACAGUGCUCUUUAGGUCUCCUCCGUUGGGAUGAGCGCGUUGUUUGACUUCAAGAGUCUGCUGCAGGUGAUAGUGCUGAUGAUCUGCACCUGCACGUACCUGAAGGCUCAGUUCCCGAAGCUCUUCACCGAGAAAAAGGAGGGCUUCAUGGGCCUCCUGUGGAAGAUGGCCCGCAUCGGAGAACGGCUGAGCCCUUACGUGUCCGCCUGCUGCUUCAUCAUGGCCAUCACGACGCUCUUCUUCUGAUCUGAUCGAGUCGGACCAACAAACGGCACACCGAACCGACGAGGGAUCACAGCGAAG